CGAGCCCCGGCGCCGCGGAGCCCCGGUCGUUGGGCCCCAGCCCCGGAUCUCCCGGCGUCCGCGGGGCAAGAUGCUGAGGCGCAGUUUGGAAAGCCGGGACGCUCAAACCAGACAACUGCAAGAUGCUGUCACCAAUGUGGAGAAGCACUUCGGAGAGCUGUGCCAAAUAUUUGCUGCUUACGUGCGGAAAACUGCCAGACUGCGAGACAAAGCAGACCUCCUGGUGAAUGCAAUCAACAUGUAUGCCUCUACCGAGACCCCUCAUUUGAAGCUGGGUCUGAAAAACUUUGCUGACGAGUUUGCCAAACUUCAGGAUUAUCGCCAGGCAGAGGUCGAAAGACUUGAAGCCAAAGUAGUUGAACCUUUGAAAGCUUAUGGAACCAUUGUAAAAAUGAAACGAGAUGAUCUCAAAGCAACAUUAACAGCAAGGAAUCGAGAAGCUAAACAGUUAACUCAACUAGAAAGAACACGCCAGCGCAACCCAUCUGAUCGACAUGUUAUUUCACAGGCAGAAACUGAAUUACAAAGAGCUACAAUGGAUAAUAUAUUUUCAGAAUUUAUCACCAUCGAAAUGUUAUUUCAUGGCAAAGCUUUGGAGGUCUACACAGCUGCCUUCCAAAAUAUACAAAAGAUUGAUGAAGAAGAAGAUUUAGAGGUAUUCCGAAAUUCUCUGUACCCACCAGAUUAUUCAUCUCGUUUAGAUAUUGUAAGAGCAAAUUCGAAGUCACCUCUUCAGAGAUCACUGUCAGCUAAGUGUCUGUCUGGAACAGGACAGGCAUCCACUUGUCGACUAAGAAAGGAUCAACAAGCAGAAGAUGAAGAAGAGGAUGAAGAUGACUUAGACGUUACAGAAGAAGAAGCCUGAUUUUCUUAACGUAAACUUGAAUUUCCAUUUUCAUCUUGAAUGUUUGGAAUCCAGGAUUACUAAAUUGUUAAAACUUUAUACAGACUUGAUACAUUAAGUUUCUACUGAAAAUGGAAAAUUAAAGGAAAUUCAUGCUGACCAAAAAAUGAAAGUUUAAUUACUCAACAACCAUUCUAGUCAUUCAUUUCAAUAUCCUACCUUGUAGUAUGUUUUUGUACUAUUCCGCCUUUUUAAUUAUGUAUUUCAAAAGUAUUUCAUAAUAAUGUACUAUACCUACUUGAACAGGUGACAAAUAACCGCAAACUCUUAUAAUUCCACUUGCUUCUUUUAAGUUAAAAUACCCUGCUUUUAUCACCAGAAAAGGAUUCUAAAUAGUCCUUUUAAAUAAAUACAAUUUUAAUUCUGUAAAAGCUUUAAGCAAAACAAGUUUUUUUCUUUUAAUUUUCCCACUUUUACAAAAUGCUAACAUUUCACUAUUAGUAUACAUAAAUUUACUUUGCAACAAAAGCAUAAUAAUCAAUCUUUAUGGUAAUGGGAUGCUAGGAUAUCAGUUUCAUAAAUAUACAAAGAAUGUAACUUUUAUCUUCAGAAAGCAAGCCACAUUCUGCCUGAUUAUGGUUUUAAACUGCUAUCAUAGUAAACAUUAUAAAUGGUUCUACAAUUCUUAAAAAGUUGUAAUUUGGUGGAAUAUUAAGAAAACAUGGAAAUGGAAAACCACAAAUCAUUACAAAUUCACUAAAACUUUUAACUGCCAUUCUGUUAAGAGCAUAGUCAUUUUUAUUCCUGAAAAUAUAAAAAAAAAUUCAAUCAUUAUAUCUGAUUUUAUUAUAUCUGAUACUUUUAUUUCUUUGGAUGGGGAAUUAUACUUCUGUUACUUUAUGGGUUCCAGUCAAAUAUAUAAAAAUAAUGAAAUUUAUAAAAAUUUUUGGGAUCACCACAAAAAGCAAUUAUACCAGAAAAAUAAAGACUUUCUAGAAAGUUUUGACUCAUUCAUCAUUCUGUUCAUAAUAAAGCACUCCUUCCUGAGAAAAGACAUGAUAAAAUUAUUUCAGUACUUUUAAUACUCAAAACACUUUUAAAACCCUAAAUAUGGAUACUCUUAAAAAAACUGAUACUGCAUUUUUUUAUCUGUUCAAUAUUUAAAUUUGAUGUUAUUGUUGUUAGGCAGGAAAAAUGUUACAGUAUUUUUCUUGCUACUUAUAGCAAUUCACUCCUUUUAAGCACCAAUUGCCUUAUCUUAUAAAGUUAAAACAGUGCCUGAGGUGUAAAGCAAACAGCAAAUAAUUCUGACACAAAAUGUGUGCUCUGCCAACCUCAGAAAUAUUCUAAAGUCAAAAAAAUUACUAACCAUAAUACUUAUAACAAUGUAAACUUAAGUUUCUUCAUAGAUCAGAUGUAGGCUGGCAAACUUUUCUGAAAAAGCUAGAUGACUAUUUUUUCACGGUAUGAGUCAAGAGGAAAAAAAUAUCAAGGCUAAUACAUUGGUACUUACAUAAUCAUUUAAGAUGUAAACACAUUUUAAAAUGUGAAAACGUCCAGCUUCCUUGUAAAAAGAAAAAGCAAACAACCUGACCAGUUAUUAACAUAUUGGUCUCCAUUUCUAAUCUCUAAAAUAUUCAGGGUUAUUGAGAAAAAAAUUAGUCAAUUCAUAUAUUAAUACAGACCACAAAUAUAUACUAUCUAAUGCAGCUCAGUGAUUGCUUACAUUUAAUACAAAGAUGGUUGACUAUAGGCAUAGAUGGAAAAGACAGUUUUAAAUACCUUCUCAGUGAUAGAAGAGCAUUCCUAAUACAAUCAUUCUCCCUUGGUUAUAGAUUUUUUUAAGCUUGAUCUAUGCUUUUCAGGUACCUUCCAGAUAAAAAUUUGUCUCUACCAUAAUUAAAAUACCAUGAGUAUUAAACUAGAUACCCAAUUAUACCCAUGGUAUACCUGAUAGGCAAACAAACUGGAUAUGAAAUGAUAAUUACUAACCUGGGUGUGUAAGCAUCUAAUACAAUGUUCUCUUAUGUUAUUUGAAAUUGACAGUGUACUGGCAAACUGGUUUUCUAGGGUGGAAAAUGCCCUCAAUAAACUGAGCUGCAAAUUUACAUGGUGUAAAUACUCCUACUGUGGCCACUUUUAGUGAUCAAUAUUAUACUGAAGGCAUAGUUGGAAGAUGUGAAAAAAAGUCUCCCAAUCAACAGAACCCUGUAAGAAGCUAGUUUACAAGUUUGAAAGGAUCAAGCCAUUAAUUUUAUAGCCAAAAUAAAAAGUGAGU